UUACUUUAUCCAAUUUUAGGCACCAUAUCAUAACUCUCUCUCUCUAUAUAGAAAGAAUAAGGCAAAAGCGAGGAAGCCAACCAAGGCACAGAAUAGUCCUUUCCUUGGAGAAUAUCCGAAAGGGAUAAUUUGACUGAAUUAUAUUUAGGAACCGGCUGUGACGUGGCGAUCCUCAGAAUAUUCCAAGAUCCCAUCUUCGCCUUCUUCUUCUUCUUCUUCGUCUUUUAAACCCCACCAUAUCCAACUCUGAACCCAUCCCUCACAAAUUAUCUUUGUUAUCAGUGACACAGAUCCCUGACGUGUAUUAUAAAGGCUGAUUUCUUCUUCUCCAGCUAAAGAGCUGCCAAUUCAUUACAUUAAUUUGUUAAAAAUAAAAAUAAAAAAUGUCUCUGAAAGCCAUUCAUGUAACGGAAGUGCCCAGCCUCGACCGGAUCCCUGAGAACCCUCCGAUCUGCGCUUCUCGUUACAAGAUCCCCAAGUUUCUGGUGGUCGGACAUAGAGGUCACGGCAUGAACAUGUUGCAGUCACCGGAUCCAAGGUUCUCUGCUCUCAAGGAAAACUCCAUCCUCUCCUUCAAUGCCGCUUCAAAACUUCCUCUCGACUUUAUCGAAUUCGAUGUUCAGGUCACCAGAGAUGGCUGCCCAGUCAUUUUCCACGACGACUUCAUCUACUCGGAAGAUAACGGAGUGGUGUACGAGAAGAGGGUCACGGAGGUUAGCUUGUCGGAGUUCAUGUCCUACGGGCCACAGAGGGAAACAGGGAAGAGAGGCAAGCCAUUGUUAAGAAUGUCCAAGGACGGCAAGAUCCUCAAGUGGAGCGUCCAAGGAGACGACUCUCUCUGUACUCUCCAGGAGGCUUUUGAGAAAGUCGAGCCAACGCUGGGUUUCAACAUUGAGCUCAAGCUUGACGACAACCUCGUCUACCCCUCCGAUCAUCUCUCCCGUCUUCUUCUCCCUAUCUUGCAGGUGGUGUGUGAUUAUGGAAAAGACAGACCCAUCAUCUUCUCCAGCUUUCACCCGGACGCUGCCCUUUUCACCAGGAAGUUGCAGAGCACCUACCCCGUCUUCUUCUUGACAAACGGAGGAACAGAGAUGUACUACGACGUGCGAAGGAAUUCUCUCGAGGAAGCAAUCAAACUAUGUGUAGAGGGAGGCCUUCAAGGGAUUGUGUCGGAGGUGAAGGGAGUGUUCCGGAACCCAGCCGCCGUCAACAGGAUCAAAGAAUCCAAGCUCUCUCUGAUGACAUACGGCAAGCUCAACAACGUAGCUGAGGCGGUGUAUAUGCAGCAUUUGAUGGGAAUAGACGGAGUCAUAGUGGAUCAUGUGGAGGAGAUGACAGAGGCUGUGAGGGAGAUGAUGAAGCCACCCAACAGAGAUGCUCAUGAUACUAAGCUAAAGCCAAACUUCUCUGAGAGAGAGCUCUCCUUUCUUCUCAAGCUCAUUCCUGAGUUGAUACAGCACUAAACUAAUUCUUUCUCCUUUAGUUAAUUAGGAUAUAUGUAGUUACCCCAAAAACAAAAACAAACAAACAAACAAAAAGUGAGAAGUGUCUUUGACUGUAUGGAAAAAAAUCCACGAUGUGGGUGCUGCU